UCCCAAUACCAUCACACCACUGCGUAUCGUCACCUUGCUCCUCGCUGCUCAGCCAUGACAUCCAGCGAGGCUCCUGCUACCAGACCCUUGCCACUGGGCAGCAGAAGCAUCAACACAUUGCCCAAGAGCGGCUCCCUACUCUUGGACAAGUUACGCUCGAAGGAGAUCCUGCCGUUCCUACCACCCACUCCCCCUCGCACACAGUCGCCCAACGACACAAGCAGUCGCACCACCCACACAUCCGUCCGAAGACAAUCGCCUCCCUCGCCUUCGCCUCAGAAGAGUAUGAGCUCUUCCUCUCACUUGCCGAUGUCCGGGCCCUCAACUCCAGCAAGGGGAUUGGACCCCAAGCGCAAUCGGCCUAUGUUGAGCCCUGCGCUGAGUGUUGACGGCAUCUCUCCCAAUCCGAGGGAGAGGAAGAGAUUGGAUGAGAGACUCACCCCAGCGAAAGAAAGACUUGGUUCGAUCGAGGAGGUGCAAAACGAUAGGUCUGCACGCAGAGGCAAUGCUCUAGCGCAGAAGACAGCACUUGCUGAACGCCAUCUGGACAGCAACGCAAGUGACAGCGAAUGCGAUGAAAGUGACGGAGAGACCUACAACAACAUUCAGCGCCAACGCAUCAGCUCUCAGCAAGCGAUCAGAUCGAGCCCAGCAAAUUCUACUGCUGUUGCCGAUGUUCGCCGUAAAGCAACCACCAGUCGAGCACGCCAGGCAGCGCUUGAUCGCGAGCUCCUCAACGCCUCCCAGUCGAUCAGCAAUGCAUCCACCCCCUCUUCCUUCGAUCUCUCCCAUUCUCUCUCACAAGGAUCCGAUAGCUCCAUUUCCAGGAGAUCGAAGCGUGUGGCCACUAAGACCGUACACGGCAAGGGUGUCUGGCCAGCAUUAGCCCCGGUAGCUGUGGAUUCCAGUAAGCAGGGAGCAGCAAAGUCACAAAGUGCUCGCAAGGCAGCCGUCGCUUCUUCAUCACGCCACAACGCGAAUCAAGAACUCGAGCAGUCAGCUUCUCAGCCUGAUCGAACUGCUUCCUCCCUGAAGUCAAUACGCAAAGCCAAAGCCAGCCACGAAGCUGAGCGUCCCAGAGUAUCAUUCUCUCAGCCUCUGCCUACGACCAAAGUCCCUGCAUUUGGAGACCCUCGUCCACCUGGCAAUCGCCGGCGAGCCACGUCAUCUCAGCCAGUCCGUACUCCCACUAAGACAUUCGCCUCAGCAGCUGAGAAGCGGGCAUUCUUCUCGACAAUCAAGCGCCUGCCUCCCCUCAAACCAGAAGAGAAGCUCAGCCCUUUCGUCCCCGCGCCUGCCAGCCCUGGCGAAGACCCGAUCUUGCUCAAGGGUCACCCUGACGAAUAUGAGCCUGAGUGGGUACGGGAGUACGAUGAAGGCGAGGAGAAUGACACUUUCGCAGCUGUGAAGACGCGGCACAAGGCAUCGGACGACAACCCUAGCCGAGUCGAGACGCAGCAGGGAGAGGACGUUAGACGAGCCGAAGGGGACACACAAGAUGGCAGUGCCCCACGUCAAGAUCAGGCAGACCUACAGGUAGACCCAGAAGCGGACCUAAGCGACUUCUCUAGACAAGCUCAAGAGCUACAUCAUGUCAUCAGUAGCGUGCAAGAUGAUCCGUUCGCUAUUGGAUACGGGCAAUACGACAACAUUGAUGUCUUUGACGCAGGUGUGUCACACUCUUACUCCGACGACGACAACGACUACAACGCUGCCCACGUGAGCGAUGUCGAAGAGGAAGCCUCAGGGCUCGCAGCACAGAAGGAAGUCCUCUCGCAUGAGCAGUCUCAAGCCCAGGUCGCUGCUAGCGAUGAUGAAGAUCAGGGGCUUGCAGAGACAUCGCAGGAAGUCGAAUUCGAUUCUCAGGACACUGCAGUCGAAGAUGUCGAACGUCAAAGCUCAGCUGUGCCCGCUUUCGCUACAGAUGAGAAGAGCAAGACCAUUGGAGCUGAAGUCAUGGAAGCAUACGACCUAGAGGAGGCAGCCGAGCCUGUCGACGAGUGCGUUGACUCUGGAGCAGGCAAUGAUAGCGCUGAAGAAGAAGCGGCAGGGGAACUCUCUUUCUUUGUGGAGCAGCGCGAGCUUCGGCGCGAGGAAGAUGAGGAGGCUGAAGGUGAUAUGAGUGUCUCCUACGAAGAGCCAGCGCGAGCCCAGGAAGAAGGAGAUCAGCAAGCCCAAGAAGAAGAAACUACGUACGACGAAGACGAGGUCGAUGCGAGUCUCGCAGCACUUGCCCCUGCCGCGGUUCAUCCGGACAGCGAAGCUGAGGAGGAGGCCGAUCUUGAAGCAUCGCUACAGGCCCUCGACGUCAAUGCUUCGUCCUCUCAGGGGAAAGUCGAAGCAGUAGAAGCCGCACCCAAAGAGGCUGCAGCGGCAGAGGCUGCCGUCGAGAAUGACAUUCAGCCCGCACCUCAAGAAGGCAUGGCCGACUUGACCCGUCCGAGAGGCACACAGCUGGCCGCCCACAACCUCGAUACGGCUCAACAAUCCCAGAGUGGGUAUCCACACUCUAGUGUUGACCAUUCUUACCUCCACUCAAAUUCGUCGCGCUCCAUCAUGCACUCGAUGGCACGUCCAACGUCUAUCGUUGAGGUCAUGAGCACAGAUGCCGAAGCCGCCGCUCGGGCCGCUGCUAUUCUUCGAGUACACCACAAGUGGAUCCACGAGGGGCACGUCGUCACGGAUGAAGAUGAGGGUGCAGAGGCUACCUUUGUCGGGAGCGUUCUGGCGAGUGAUGCAAACGCGACAACAAUGGGUAACGAAGGGCUCCUGCCAGGGCUGCUCAGUCAAGCUGAGUCAGAGCUUCAGAAGAGUCAAAAGGCGGCAACCUCAGUCGUAAGGGACUCUACGCCGAGAGCCAAGGUACCACAGCUUGCAGCAACUCCCGCUGCGCCAGGAGCUUGGAGCUUCUCGCCCGCAAUUAGUGUGACCCCGGCUGCUGCCAAGGAAAGUCUACAAGUUCCUCAGACGUUGCAAUCUGGCGGUCAUGUCGAUGUUCGCGCUCUUCUGGAGGAGAACGCAGGCGCGUUCCCGAGGCAGGCCUGGAGAGCUCUCGACAAGGUCUUCCGGAGGACCGUACGACACAUGGCGGCUUCAGACAACUAUGGAAGUGGCGACCUUCAACCCACAUUGCUUGGUCAAAGACGAGCAGCAAGGGCGGUCGAACAGAGUGCCGUGGUCGAUGCGUUCAUUGCCGCUCACAACAUCGAAAAGAGCAUGCUGAGAAAGCGUUGGUCAUACACCAACCUUUCACGCUCCGUCCAGGCCUUGCAGCGACAUUGGUUCGUCCGGCUGGAAGCCGACUACCCAGGAUGCCUCACUGCCGAAGAAGCUGCUAUCGCCGAAAGACCCAUCAAUUACAGCGAUGGUAAUUCCACCAGCUCGAUCACACGACAGAGCUCGCCUGCUCUCAGCCAAUUCUUGAGAGAUCAGUCUAGCGUAGGUGACGUCUCUCCGAUGACGAGCGUCAGGGGAAGCAGCAGGCUCAGUAACGUGUUUGCCGACAUUGCGACGCACUCUACUCCACUGCAGGCGGGAAGGAGAGGCUGGACCCAUUCACUGAGUCCUGCGCCGAGCCCUAUCGCCUCUCAAGCCAGCCCUCUGCACGAACAAAGGCUCGAUGACCCUCUGAGCGAGGUCGAGGAUGAUACCGAAGAGGCAGAGCAAGAAGUACCAUUGGUGCCAGGGCCCCUUGAUACUUCUCGUGCUGAUUCGCCCGAGGAGGCAAGCUUGAUCCAAAGAACCUCGGCAGUCUUCACUCGAAGACUCUCCACACUCUUCGGCCAACCUAUCGAGGGGCUCCGCAAGCUCGUUGGGACAGCAUCUGUCAAUGGUGAUAGAGAGGAGCAGGAAGCUGAAGAGACAAGUGCAAGGCAUGCAGCUCCUGGCAGCCCUACGCCAUCUCUCUACCCAGCAUUGCCGGAGGCGGACUUCUUGCCGCCUCCUGUUCCACCGCCUGAGCCGACGCAGGAAGACCUCUCGGUCGCUUCCCGCUCUUCUCUCACCAGCAGAGCUAACACACCGUGUCAAGCUUCAGCAGAAAGGGCAGCAGUAGCUGACGAGUCCGCCGCCACCGAUGCCACCUCAAACGAAGACGAUUCGAGCAACGUCUCUUCCUCUUCUGCUUCCCUUGCACAGGAGGCGGCUACCGCGGCCAUGGCAAUGGCAGAGAAGCGCCAGCUGAAGAGCAUGAGCGCCUAUUCUCGCUCUUGGGUCAAGGACACGAAUGACAAGAUCAACAGCGAUGCCAGACGAGCCCCUCCCGCUUCUCCUACUCGAAGGACGAUGACGAUGACGAUGCUGAGGAAUGUGGAGCACACUCCGCCUAGCAAGCGAGCCAGCCAGCAGGUUCAGACUGCUGUCGUCUCGCCUAAAGGGCGCAGCUCCCUCUCCAAUGGUGUUCGAGCUACAGUCAACAAGCUCAACGCCAGCGCUUCCACCAUUACUCCUGGUUCCUCUCUCGCCGCCCCGACCCGCUUCCCUGCGCGUUCCAACCCCAGCACAUUCAGCAGCAGCAGCAGCAGCAGCAGCUCCAGCUCCAACCACCGCAUGGGCUGCUCCUCCUUUGUCCGUCCCACGGUGCUCGCUGGACUCACACAGGACGCGCACGAGGCGGCACGUGCGCAGGCUGCUAGCAUGUCUGCUAGUCGAGGGGGAAGGGAAUGGAUGAGUCCGCUCAAGAAGAAGAAGAAGCAGGAGGCGCUGCAGAGGGAGCAGGAGCGGGAGAAACAGAGGGAGGUUCUGAAGCUUAGGCGGAGCGGAGCUCAAGUGGUGCUGGUGGAGGCCGAUAAGGAGAAUUCUUUGGAUGCCUCGAGCUUCGACCUAUCGCUGUCGAUGAGCCGGUCGAGGGACGAAGGUAGCUUUGAGUCCAAGAGGGACUUGUGGACCCAGAGGAGCUUGAUUGCUAGUGCCGGAUCGAGGAAGAGCUUCACGAGACUAUGAGCUAUCACGCCACCUCUGCACAAGAAGGGCAGGGAGCAGUCCACGACCACUUUCUCCACCCAUCCAUCCAUUUAUAUACCACCAUCUGCUCCAUCUGGGCAGGCUAUACCCCACGUCCAGAUCUCAUCACGAUAUUCCAUUGGCGAUUCGACUUGCUUCGCUUCACUUUGUUUCAAUUCGACGCAAGAUCAUGAUCUAGACUUCGCUUUCUUCUAUAGUACAAGCCACCCCGCGGAAGGGGGGAUAGAAGUGGCAUUUUGCCUCUCUCUCUUUCUUCACUUUGUUAUCUCAGUCCCUUUUGAUCAAGUCAUCUAUAUCCCGCUGCUCCAAUCAAUGUCACUUCAAUCACGUAACGAGGC